AUGGCCAUGGGUUCACCAUUGUCCCCGGUACUGGCAGACAUAUAUAUGGAAGAUUUCGAGGGAAGAGCAUUAGACCAAUAUGUGUUAAAACCGAAACUAUGGCGAAGAUACGUGGAUGACACAUUCGUGAUAUGGCCUCAUGGAAAAGAGACCAUCGCAGGAUUCCUAGAACACCUCAAUAACAUAGAGGAAUCCAUAAAAUUCACGAUGGAAAUUGAGGAAAAUGAACAACUUCCAUUCCUGGAUGUGCUCGUACACAAACAGGAAGGAAUUCCUCGAACCACGAUUUACAGGAAGCCAACGAACACAGGUCAGUAUCUCCACUUCGAAUCUAACCAUAACACCAAAUUGGGAGUAGCCAGAUGCCUCUAUGACAGAGCAACUCAAGUGUGCUCCAGUCUGAACGAUAAGAACGAAGAAUUCGAUAAGAUCACAGAAAUUCUUGAGAAGAACGGCUACCCCAAGAGGAUACUAGAAAUCGCCAGAACACCGAGGGAUAACACAGAACCUCGACCAGAAACACAAACCGAAUCAACUGAAACGAUAACCACGGUCAUCCCAUAUGUGAAAGGGUUAUCAGAAAAACUAAGAAGAAUUGGUAAUAGAUACGGCGUGAGAACUGCAUUCCAAACUAAGAACACUGUCAGGGCUAACCUAACCAAGGUGAAACCUGACAACGAAAAUCAAAGAACUAAAAAUUGCAUAUACGAAAUACCAUGCGAGUGCGGUAGAUCUUACAUUGGAGAGACCAAACGCCCCCUGGACACAAGAGUCAAAGAGCACCAAAAACUAGCUCGACUGGGAGAAACAGAGAAAUCCAGGCUAGUCCAACAUGCUUGGGAUGAGGAACAUAGGAUCAAAUGGGAUGAAGCUUCCAUAAUAUCGAAGGAAGAAAGAUCGAAACGGAGGAAACUCAAAGAAGCAGCCUUCAUGGCCAUCACUCCGAAUCCCAUAAGUAUGCCGUCUCUGGAGAUCAAGGAAGUCUGGGCACCAAUCAUAAGAUCUGAUCUGAGGAAAUUGAACCCGGUCCAGGUCGGAAGCACCUCGACACCACCAAAUUAA